AUGAAGAGCGAACAAAAGGAAAAAAUAAUGGACUACUUGUCGUGCACCCUAGACGAUGUAGUGCACAGGGAGAAAAGAAGUGGAAAGAAAAGUCUUUUAAAUUUAAAUAAUUCCAAAAAUAAUAAUUAUAAAUCCAAGUUUUUUGGUAAAAAAGACCUAACACAAAGUAGCUCAGGUUAUCGAGGCAAAGGAGGGGGUGGCAAGACAAAAUUUAUCAGCAGUAAAAAAUCAGGAAGUUUUAAGAAGCCCUUCUUUAGCAAAAGAUUAAUUGAUAAAAAAUAUAAUAGUUACAAAAGUAGAAAAUUUUACUCAGGACAAAACAGAGAUUAUUUUAAAAGUAGGCCAGGCUCUCGUAAUUCCCAUUACGCUUAUGACAGUCAUAAUAUUCCCUAUAAUAACAAAAAUUUCGUCAAUAGGAAAAAUUUGAUUAAUAGUGUUAAAUCUUCUGGAACUACAUACAAGGGUGGUAGUAGUGUAGCAAAAAGCAAACCAAGAAAAAUAUUUAAGCCAAUUCCAUCAUCCAGAAGUACCGUAAUUGCUAGCAAUGCAAAUAGCUAUAAAAGUGUACAGGUUCCAAACCACAAAUUAAGCAACUUAAACAUAUCUCUUUAUCGUAAUAAGAGAACCGUUGCUGUAAGCAAUAAAAGACCUACCACCAAUCUCUCGGUAAGAAGAAAUAACGUCAUCACGGCUAAAAAAAGUAAAGUGGUUAAAAAAGGAAUACAAAAGACUACCAUCAAAGCGAAGACCAAGAAAACUGCCAACGGAUCUAAGUUUAAACCGUUAAAUAAAUACUUUUUGUCAAAAAUUAAAAUUGUUACGUCAUUAAAUAAAAUCCCAUCCCCGCUGAAGGAACAGAAGGACACGGAGGUUAAUCUGCCGGAGUCUUUGAAUAAUCCAACCGCAAGAAAGGAAUAA